UGAGCUGUGUCUAUAUAAAGACAGGAAAAGAUGGGCUAUCCAUCACACUUCAUUCAAACUAAGACAAACUUCAAAAGAGUGGUGCACAAGAAAAAUGCAAUAUAUUCUCCUCUCUUUAUGUGGGCUCCUCUGGAUGCGACUACAUCUUUGCCAUGGGAAGGCAAUAAGAACGGAUCGAAUAAAGGCUGAUGCAAAGCUGCUCUCCGACAUUUUAAUAACAAGGAUCCAAGGACAUCCAAUUCAGCUCAAUUACCCCAGCAGUCUGAAGAGCACUGGCUUGGACUUUAUUCCAGAUGAGGAGCAAUUUGUGAGUCUGGAAAAGAUGGAUGAAACUCUUGAAAUAUUUCAGAAUAUUCUGUCCAGUAUCCCAAUGGAAGAUGUGGAUCAAAUGCUGAGUGAUCUUGAGACCCUUCGCAAGUUGUUACAGGAUCUUAAUUGUACUAUGGAUGGUGCAGCCAGAGAAUCAAGACUGACCAACUCAUUGGAGUACUUCAGGAAAGAGCAUAAAAAAGCGUCCUAUACAGUGGAAAAGGUGACACUUGAUCGUUUAGAAAAAACAUUAGAUAACAUUAUCAAACAUCUAGACUACAUCACAAACUGUUGAGAAAACAUUCACAUAGUGUGGUGAACACCAGGCCAUCUAACUGAGUACUUGAAAAUAUUGGAGUUUCCCAUGUGGUCAUGCCACUCUUCCACCAAUGUCCAUCAUUUGUCCAAGACAAAUCUCUUGCAGGGCAUUGUCUAUUCUUUGAUUUCUUCAUAUUUCUACGGUACGUCUUCCCAGCUUGAAUGAAGGAAUGGAAUACAGACAUUGUGGCAUUGUAAAGUCCUUCCUCACUUCCGCUUUUCAUUUGGGACCAGAGGAACAUGACAAGCUGCAUUACUUCCAAUGUUAUAGACUUCAACACUUCUCUGUGAAUUGCACUAAUAACUGUGGCGCUCUGAAAACUUUUCUAGGUUAUUAUUUGGAAAUUAAUAAUGACUUAAUAAUGUUCCAUCGUCUGUUUUCUGUGCAUUGCAGUUGUUUGUCCAGUUGCAUUAUAUUUAUUUUUUUAACUUAAACAUUUUAAAUAUUUAUGUAAUAUAUAUUGUAUAGUUAUAGUAAAUGUAUUUUAUAUUACAACAACUCAAGU